ACGAAGGUCGGCUCGCGCAAGAUGGCGGCCCCCUUGGAGCUCAGUUGCUGGGGAGGCGGCUGGGGGCUCCCAUCGGUGCACAGCGAGUCCCUGGUGGUGUUGGCUUAUGCCAAAUUUUCUGGUGCACCAUUGAAAGUCAAUGUCAUAGAUAAAACUUGGAGAGGUUCAAGAGGAGACGUACCAAUUUUGACAACAGGAGACAAGAUUGUUUCUCAGCCAGCAAAAAUACUGAACUUUUUAAGAAAACAGAAAUAUAAUGCUGAUUAUGAACUGUCAACAAAACAAGGGGCAGAUACACUGGCCUAUAUUGCUCUCCUUGAAGAGAAGCUUCUUCCUGCAGUGCUUCACACAUUCUGGGUUGAGAGUGACAAUUAUUUUACUGUGACCAAGCCAUGGUUUGCUUCUCGAAUUCCAUUUCCCUUGAAUUUGAUCCUGCCUGGACGAAUGUCUAAGGGAGCAUUGAACAGGAUUCUCCUGACCAGAGGCGAGCCUCCUUUCUAUCACCUUCGAGAAGUGGAAGCACAGAUAUACAGAGAUGCCAAGGAGUGCCUAAAUCUUCUGUCAAACAGAUUGGGAACAUCUCAGUUUUUCUUUGGAGAUACGCCUUCUACCUUGGAUGCGUAUGUGUUUGGUUUUCUUGCACCUCUUUAUAAAGUACGCUUUCCUAAAGUUCAGUUACAAGAACAUUUGAAACAACUCUUCAACUUGUGUCGCUUUUGUGAUGACAUCUUAAAUAGUUAUUUUAAGCAUAGUAUUGGAGGCAUCUCUCCUGGUGGACAAGAAACAGUAGAUGCAAAUCUGCAGAAACUCACACAACUUGUAAAUAAGGAAUCCAACUUGAUUGAAAAGAUGGAUGACAAUCUUCGCCAGAGCCCUCAACUUCCUCCUCGGAAACUACCAACCCUUAAAUUGACUCCAGCAGAAGACGACAGUAAUUCCUUACAACGGCUCUCACCCUGACUGAUGUCGACAUCAUGCUCUUUGCAGAGUAAAACGGAUGUUGCAGUAAACUCUUAACACUAAAUGUAUGAGGGCAGAAAGAUGCCAUUAUUAGGUAUAAGGAAGACUCUAAAACAAAAGAGACUUUCUAUGAUUAUCUUUUUUUUUUAAUUAGAAAGCUUGUAUUUUAGCUUCUGGCAAUGCACUUUAAAUAACAUCAAUGUGAAUGCUAAUGAACUUGGGGGAAGAAGCGAACACUGUACUGUACAUAGAAACAAACAAACCCUGCCUUAAUGUUGGCAGAUUUUUGCCUUUGGUUCACAUGUUGCUGACCAAAAGCUACAGUUCUGUUCUGAAUGUGCACCUAAUUUAUUCAAUUUAAUUUAUUAAUUUAGUUUUCUUAGGUGAGUCUGAAUAUCUAAUAUGUGGCUCUUUGGCUGAGGCUCUUUUCUGUUUAGAAAUCUGAUGCCUACCUUGAACAUUAAGAAAAUACAAAUAACUUCAGUAGAAAAGUAUGUAUUCAGCUUUUAAAAGCAAUGAAGAAUGUGCUUUUUAAUUAUGUGUAUGUCUUAACUUUUCAAGGUUUAGUAUCAUCUAUAAAUAUCAGAGGUGACAUAAUAUUUAUCUGACUAUAAGCAUUUAUAUAACAUUAAUGUUUUAUGGUAAGUUUAAUGUAGAUUAGCAAGGGCUCUUUCGUUAAGUGUAUGUGGCGGCUUUAAACCUAUAUAUUUGUGGUACAUCUUUAACUUCAGUCAUUUCUUUCCCGAUUGAUGGCAGGAGAUCUGAGUGUGUUAGUUGCCAUUGGUACGCCUGGCUUGAGAGUCUCCCUGAGGCUUGCUCAGUUGUUAGAGAAUACUCAGGACCUGCCCCGGGAGUGGUGGAGGUGAUCUGCGUUCUCACGUUUGCUCAGACCAGUUAGUAUUCCAUAAGCCUAUCAUGUAGGUAUGAUUUUCUUCCAUAUAGUCUAGCUAAGGUUAUCCAAAGAAUAAUGGGGAGACAGCUGUGGAUUUUUAAGCUGUUGAAGACUAUUUUCUAUUUAUUGGUUAUUGAACUGGUGAGGGAUUUACCGUACAGGUGGUUUGACUCAGAGUUGACUCUUGAUUUAUGGCUGAGGUGCUUCUGUUGUCCUAAAACCACUCUGGGGUUUUUUAAAUCUAGGACCAUGCUUCUUGAUUAGUGUCUGAAGGUUUAUUAUGGUGCUCAGUAAAUCUUAAUCAUGCCCCACUGAGACCCCCUAUGUUUUCUAGUCCAGAAAUUCAUCUUGUUUGAACUAAUUGGAGUUCAGUUACAUUUUACUAGCAUCUCCCAAUUUGUUCUGUAUUUACAUUUCUCUUUAUAAAGGGAUAUUAAAAGCAUUUUAAAUAUUUUUUCUUGGAAAUUUUAAUUAAAUGGGAAAUAAGGCCUUUCCAAUGUCUUGUUCAUCCAUUUGGAUACAUUUAGGGAAAUACCCAAUGAGUUUUACACAACUUCUGAAAGAGGUGUGUAUAAGCGAGUGAGUGAAUGUGAGUUGGGGGUUGUGUGUGUUUUUUUUGCCUUAAUCUUCAGAAGCAGGUUUUUGAGACUUCAGCAAUCUGAAGACUGUCUGAGUAUAUUAUGUUGAAAGUCAUGAUUGUGGAACUUUAUUGGGCUCUAGAAUUGGUGUAUAUUGCAGAAGAGUGGUUAACACUUUAGUCAGACAUCUGUUUAUGUUUUAGACAGUGUUAGUCAUUUUCAGUUAUGAUUUAUAUUAAACAUUCCAAAAGCACUUGAAAUGGCUUGCAGUUGUAAAGCACACGUAAAAUAAGACAAUCAGAAUUAGGUUUUGAAAGAAUUAAAAUUUAUAGGAGAAAGAUAUCUACAAGCUCUAACAGAUUCUAGAAUCAAAUGUAACUUUAAUGCCAUGCUUUUCCAUGACAAAGUCAGAAACAAAAACUAAGUUUUUCUUUCAGUAAAAGAACUAACAUCCAUAGUAAGAAAAUAUGUCUAAAUUUUCUAAGGAUUUGGGGAAUCAUCACACACAGACUUCACUAGAUAAGUGUACUGUAAUGUUUCAAGUGUUGUAAGUUUAAUUAAAAGAGGCUGCUUUAGAAUAAUUAUUUGUCUUUUUUUUUUUUUAACUAGAGAGGCCAAUUUUAAAUAUGAUUCAUUUGUUUUGAUCAUUCCUGUUUUGGACUGCCUUUAGGCUUACACUGUGUAGUCUGUGAUGCUCUCCUACUGUCUUUCCUAAGAUACAAAAUGUGGUUUUGAUAAAGUGAGAAUUUCUGUCUUGGGGUCUUGGGUUAGUUAUUUGGUUUUUUUUUUUUUGGGGGGGGGAACGAAGGAAGGAGGGGAAGGUAUAAGUCCACAAGGUACCAAGAUACUGUGGCUGAGUAUUUAUCACCCUAGGGACCAGCAUAGAGAAAGCAUUAGGAAAGAAACAACUUUCUAUACUGAAUAUAGAGCUAAUGAUCAUUCUGUCAGAAUAUGCUUUGGAGAAGGUUUGAAUUUGCUGGGGAAAAUGGUGUAUAGAUAUAAAAUAAAGGCCACUUUUUUGGGAUGAUGGUGGUAGAGGAUAAAAUGAAGAAUGGGAAAUGUGUUUGUGUUUGUACUUGUUGGUAAUGUAGGAUUAGAAAAUAAUUCAUAAUUAGUUAUAAAUAAAAUAUCUCCAGCAGUCAUCAGUCAUCAUAAGUCAAAAGAAAUAAUAAGGAUCAAGGACAGACUAUCUUCACAGUGAGCUUUGCCUCUUACAAAAUGCUGGCUUUAACACAAAGCAAAUUCUACACAGAUAUCUCAUAGUAUUUGGGGGGUACAAGAGGAUUGGAAAUUUUAUAUUAGAUCCAAACAAAGUAUUUUGAUUCUUGUUUGUCAUUUCUGUUUAUUUACUAUUGCUGAAAUAAUUAGAGUAUUUUGUUACAUUAUGUUUCUAGGAAGAGUACUUUAAUCAGAACUAAGUUAUAGUGUUCAGAAGUCUGCAGAAAUGGAAACAAACUAGUUAUCCACUUUGAUAGAAAUUGGUCACUAUUAUCUCAGAAAACAAAAUUUUUUUUAAAUUAGCUUUAUGUGAUAAAGUGGUACUUAAAAUCGAUAGUAUGUUUUCUUAGAGUCUCUUCCAAGAAUAUACAUUAACCAGAUUUGCUAAUUUUUUUAAUAUUAUAUUAGUUUUUCUGUAGAACUGUUGUGUCUUUUGUUCAUUGAUUUGCUCAAGCAAACACCAGUAACAUCUCCAUUGUGAGACUUAUUGUUACUGUUUUUGGCAUAUCAAUACGCCACAGGUAGCUUGCCAGGCUCUGCUGUGCUGAUGGGAUACUCUCAGUAGCUUGCCAGGCUCUCGAGAGGAGAGGAAUGAGAGGGACGGAGGAAUCGGAGGAAUCGAACCCAGGUGGAGGUAGGCCACAUGCAAGGCAAAUGCACUACCCGCUGUGCUACAAGUUAACCUUUUAAAAUAUAGUUGUUUACAUGUAAAGACAAAAAUAAGGAAUGGGUCCACAGGAUCUUUUUUGUCUUGUUUCACAACUUUGCAUAAAUACGUAAAUCAAUGAUACCAGAAAUAGGAAAACAUUGAAAAGAAAUGCAAACUGCAGUUUAAAAUAUAAUGUCUUCCUUCACUUUAUUCUUGAGCUUAAAUAGAAAAACAACCCAGAUUUGUAACAAAUGAUUAUCAUAGAUACAUUUGCUGAAUCAGAAGAAGAAAAAACAGUCCCCUGUAACCAAAACUCCUUUUCCAUGGGAUAUCAAAAGUUAUGAGACUUUUCCCUUUGUAACUGUAUCUCUUCUUUGUUAUGGGACCUGAUUUUGCUUCUCAAGAGUAAGAAAUCUUAAAAACAUUCUUCUGCCUGGUAGUUUUUCUUCGCCUUAUCUUUGUUCUCCUGCACACUCUGGUGUGAUGAGGAGUGUCCCAGGCACGCUGUGAUAAAGGAGCAGCAUGCCUGGGGCUUCAUAAUUGACUUUGGUUUUGUUUUUUCUAUAAUUGAAAUCCUGUUGGAGCCACAGAAUAUAAUUUGGGUUGUAAUCAUGGUCUUCUAUAUGUGCUAUUGGCAUUAAGGUUUUUUGAUUUUUUCCCCCCUUUUUUCUUGUUGAACACUGUGGAAUUUACAUUUGCCUUCAGUGUUUUCAUAUUUCUUAAGCAGAUUUUUAAUUGUGGGUUGUAAUGAUGAUCUUCUAUAUGUGCUGUUGGCAUUAAGAUUUUUAAAAUUAAUUUUUCUUUUUUCUUGUUGAACAUUAUGGAAUUUACAUUUACUUUCAGUGUUUUCAUAUCUCUUAAACAGAUUAUUAAGAAAAUUGUGUUCAGUUAAAUGAGCCAAAUUGUUAGUACCUUUGAAGGUUUAGUUAAGGUUUAAUUUCACCUUCAAAAUAUUGACCUUGUAAAAAGAGAGAUGAUGUAAAGAUGACAUUUUUACCCCCUUAGGUUUGCAAAAAUAAUUUCACACAAAACUCUCUGUUGGUGUGUAAUUUUUUCUAAGAGACCAAGUUACCUGCCUGAGACUUAAAUUUAUUGUGAUUGAGGUGGAGAGGAAUCAAAAGAUUACAGAAAUUGUUCCAGACAAGGAAACUAGUGAUUACUGAUGGUAAUAUUCUUGAUCAAUGAUUUGAGUAAGAGUAACUUUUAGUUGGGUAUUUGUAAAUAGAAAGAAUAUUUAAGAGGAAAACAAAUCAAGUUUUAAAAACAUAAGGAGGAAAAAGAGAAAAAUAAAAUGAUAAUUUCAUUAUUAUUAAUUUGAAAUUACACUGUAAUGUUAAAAAAUUGUUUGUUUGUUUGUUUGUUUGAUUUGGAACCACACCUGGCAGUGCUUGGGCUACUUCUGGUUCUGUGCGGUCACUCCCAGCAGUGCUUAGGGGACCAUGUGGUUCUGGGGAUCCAGCUGGGCUUUCUGCAUGCAAAGCAUGUGCAAUAAUAAUAAGGCAAAAGUUUAAAUAUUUUCGAGUCUUAUUCUGUUACUGAAGACAAUGUCUAGGCAAGAAUUGUAUGUUUGUGUUUGCAUAUUCUAGGCUGAAGGUUUACAGUUUUCAUUUAAAUUCUCAGCUGUUUGUUUAUCCUAGAAAAACUAAACCACAGUAGACCUCCAAAUUUCAAAGGACUGAGCAUGUUUCAUUUCAUUUCAAAGUAUCAAAUCAGAUCACUAAUCAGAGAUAAGUAUGCUUUUGUUUGUUUUCUGUGAUGUGUGUAGUCGUAUCUUUUGAAUUCUGUGCUUUGGAUGCGUGUUUUAUAGGAAGCUUGCCUUUGGACUCGGAGUUGUGUGUAAUGGUGAGCAUCCAGCCACAUGAAAAGCAGUUGGUUCUUUGUUCUGAUUCUUCAGUUUUUCUUAUGCAAAUGAAAAGAAAUACCCCUUUAAUCAUUUAGUUUACAUAGUCCAGAUCCUUGGAAGUCAAGAGGAAAAAACUGGCCAGAGUUUGCAUCAGUUCUCAAUCCUUAGCAAAUCAUGUACUAUGGAGGAGGUUGUGUCAGCCAUUUGUUUUGUGGACCAUAGGCUACUUUCCUUACAAAGCUGGCAUCUUUGCUCCUAGUCAAAGUGAGGUGUACUCAAGCUUUUAUGUAAGUGCAUAAAGAAAAAAGCUUUAUUUCUCUUCUGACUCAAUGUUUUAUUUGGUAUAACAGGAAAUAAUCUCUUUCCACUCUUCUGUUCAUGUUUAAAAGGAAAUUUUGAGGUGUUUGUAAUGUAAUGUUAGCUCUUUGGAUGAUUGACAGUAAAGAAGAUACAUAUGUAAACAUAAUGACUUUGUUCCACAAACUGUACCUUUGGAUGGUAACUGUUUAAAGCAUCUGUUCCAGUAUACAAAUACUAUAGUUUUGUUACAAAGUAAACAAGUUUAAUACAAGUUUAAGUAGUAUGUGAAUAAUAUUACUGAUAGAUUAUGAAGUACCCAGAAGUGACAUUGAUGAUCAGUGUUGCAAAGCAUUUAUUCUAACAAAUGAGAAACUGGAUAUAAUGUCAAACAGCUAUUUUUGCAAUAAAAUCUCAAAUUGCCUGA